AUGUUUCCGAUGUAAUUCAUUGCUCUUAAAACAUAUCCUGUUAGUUAUUCUAAGUUUGAAAUUAUUAUUAGAGUAGAUCUAGUCUUUUCAUCAUUUAAUUUUAGUGGUUAAUUCACAGUUCUAUCUUAUAAAGUGAUCAACACUAAAUUGUUGGGUGCGUCAUUAAAUUUAAUUGCUCUGCUAGUAAAUCAAGAUAUACCCAACUUAAUUGGAGAUAUUACAAAAGGAUUUUGGAUACAUUUUCUUGGCUUUAAUUUUGAUGGUUCAGUUACUGAACUUCAUAAAGAAUUAUUAAAUAUGAGAUAAUAUGGUUAUUUGAAUGAUGCUAAAUUAAGGAUAACACACAUUUCUAUUAACUUAAAAUAUUAUCCUUAGUAUAAUAUAUGA